AAGCUUGAGAUGACUGACGCCACUGCUGGACGCUCGCGAGGUGCUGCAGCCUUGCUGGCUGCUUUCGAGCCACCACGCGAGGAGUCGAAGUCGGAGUCGCAGUCGUUAACUGAGCAAUCCAGUCUCCUGGAGGCAGGGCUGCAGCGGCAGGCGAACGCAGCACACGUGCAAAAUGCGCUCUCGGACGACGAAACCACAGACGAAGGCGGCAAGGAUUAUGGCAGUCCGUUUCUCGAGCGCACCAAGAGCUACGGCUCGUUCUUCAAGCCGCAGCGGCCUUUAGCGCCUAUAACAAAGGACGACGCCUCGCUCCUAACGGCGGCGAUGCGGCAGUCGCCGCCCGCCUCGUCGCAGGGCUCGCCGAAGCCGCCGAAAACGUCGCUGCUGCGCAAGGCGUCGACCGUCGUCAUCGACGCCGUCGCGCCGCCGCAGACGCGGCGGCGCUACUACGCCGACGUCGCCGUCACGCUAGCGCGGGAAGCGGUCGUCGGCGGCAUCGCGUUCUUCUCAGUGCAUAAAUCAAGUUAGCGAAUGCACCCAACUCACUGGUUGAUUUGUGAACAGGUUCUUCUUCGUGACGGUGUUCGCGGCGGCCUUCGCGUCGACGACGUCGGCGGACGUCUCGUUUUUGCGGCCGCGCGGCGCGGACCUCGUGCGCAUCGCGACGCUGGGCUUCGUGGCCGGGGCGCCCUUCGUCUUUUUCCAGAAGCUGCCCUACGCCAUGCCGCUCGGGCCCGACCUCGGCGUCGCGCCUCUCCUAGGAUUGGUGGCCGAGGCGAUUGGCCGGGCGUAUCCCGUGGGCACGAAGCUUCCUUCAGAUGAUGACGACGCCUUUGCGGCGGUCAUUUUAGCGUGGGCGUUCGCGGCUUUACUGAUCGGCGUCGCCCUGACGUCCCUGUCGCGGCUGCGGCUCCUGCGCUUCGUGGAUUACAUCCCGUUCCCGGUCAUCUGCGGCCUCCUCGCGUCAAUAGGCGUCGAGCUGGUGGUCGCGGCGAUCGGGCUGGCCGCGCCGAGCGGGGGCUGGAAGGCGCAUCCGUUGCCCGUCGCCGUGGCCGCGUUACUAACGGCCGUCGACACUUUAUUAAGAGUGCGCCGCGUGGCGCCCGAAUUAAGAUUUGGCGCCGUCGUCAUCCUCCCGACGGCCAUCUUCCACGUCGUCGCCUGGGAAACACACGCGGGGCUCAACCACUACUGGUUAUUGGGACACGGCGCGACGCCGUCGGCCGUGACCUACGCUGGCGUCGACGCGCUGCACGACGCCGCGGCCGGCUGCCGCCUCGAGAUCACGCCGCCGCUCUGGGCCUUUCAUCAAUUGUGGAGAGACCUCAUCACGGGCUCGGCGCGGGGCAAGCGCGCGCUGGCGGCCUUCUGCGCGAUGACGCGGCCGCUGCUGGCCGUCGUGGCCCUCGCGAUUUUGAAGGCACCCAUGGCCCAGGCCGCGAUGCGCCGGUCGCUCGCGCCGCCCGAGGAGAUCGAAUCAAGUGCGCCCGAGGCGCUCACCAUGCAAAGACGCUUCCGGCGGCGCCGCGUCGUCGGCAGUAGCAUAGCGACGGACGAUCGCUUCGAACUCACUACUCUAGGCUUCUGCAGCAUCCUCUCGGCGCUCCUCUCGGGCUCGGUGCUCGGCCAGCAGAUCUCCCUGUCGGCCAUCGCGCGGGGUUUGGGAUUGGGUAGGUGGCAGCGCGCGCCGGGCGCCAUUGCUGUAUUGUUAGCCCUGGUCGCGCUCUGGCGGCCGGACUCGCGCUUCUCGAUGGCGCGGGAGUUCGUGCCGCGGUUUGUCUACAGCGCUUUGGUUGCGGGCCAGGGCCUCGCGAACGUCGACCGAUGGUUGAUUGAGCCCGGCCGCCAGGUCCUGCCUCCCGCAGAACUCUGCGUGACGGUGCUCAUCGUCUGCGUCGUGCGCUUCGCGGGAUUGGCCACGGGCCUGACGGCGGGCGCCGUCGCGUCCGUGGCGAUUUUUGCGUUUGCGAACCUUUCCGCGCCGGUCGUGAAGUACGCCGCGACGGCACUCAAUGUUAGGUCCUCCGUGGAGCGCGACCGCGACGAGGCGGCUCGCUUAGAUGUUUACGGUGAUAGAAUAGGAAUUUUUGCCGUGCAAGGGUUUCUGUUCUUCGGGAACGGGCGGCGCGUUGUCGAGUUCGUGAGGGCGUGGCUCGACGGGGCGCACGACAACGCGCACUACGCGAUUCUCGACCUCGCGCACGCGACGGGCGCCGACGCGUCGGCGGUCGACGCGUUGCUAGAAGCGGCGCGCCUCGUGCAGGCGACGCAUCGACGCGAGGUCCCGGCGCUCUACGUCUGCGGCGCGCACGAAGACGUUCGGCGCGCGCUCCGGCGGCGACAGGCGUCGGGCGGCGCGGCCGUGAAGCAAUCGCUGGACGUCGAUAGCGCCCUUGGCGACUGCGAGGCACGGUUGCUGCGGGACCUUCGCGAGGGCAACUCGCAGACGCCGCUGCGGCGCCUGGGUACAACGGUGGUCUCGUUUGAUAAAGCUUUGAUCGGCGCCGUCCGCCGCAGCGCUUUAUCAGGCUUCGCCGCCGACGCGGAGAUAGACGCGUUGCUGGCGGGGCCCGGCCUGAGUGAAUGCGCCGAGGCGAGGAGAUUGAAGUCGGGCGAGGCGUUGUUACCACAUGGCGCUGCGGGCGAGCCGACGGGGCACGACGACGCGCUCUACAUCGUCGCGAGCGGCCGCAUGACGGUGCGGCGCGACCCGAAUCAGUCGACGGGCGCGAUACUGCGGAAGGCGCGGCGCCACGCGACGUCGUUCCGCCUCGCCGAGCUGGGACCGGGGAGCAUCAUUGGGACGCACGAGUUCGUGCGAAGGACGCGGAGCGUCGGCGUCUUCAUGGCCGCAGAGCCGUGCCUGUUGUACAAGCUGCCCUUCGCGGCGCUCGACGCGCUCGCCAGGAGCGACCCGUCCGCGCACGGAGCUCUGUGGCGCCUGAUCGCGGGGCACCUCUGCGGCGAGGCCGAGCGGACAAAAUGGCGGCUCGGAUCAAUGGUAGACUUGCUCCACUCCGUGCCGCUCCGGGAGCCGAUCGCGCGGCGGGCCCUUCGGGCGCUCGGGUCGGUGGAGGCGACGUGA